AAAAAAAAAAGUUAAAUGAAGGCUAAGAGUAAGGAACAUGGAGAAACAAAAGAAAAAAAUGACUUGAGUACCGAAAAACCUUAAAACUUGCAGGCCAGGAAACAUAAGCAACAUUGAAAGCAAUUUAAAAAACCAAACAAACUGGGACUAAGAGUUGUCUUAAAUCUGCCUGGCAAGCUGCUAGCAAAAUGACCUCAUAACUAAAGCAAUGCAGCUCCCCUUGGUGUACCUCGCCCACUGGCCAGAGUACUUCAUUGUUGCGGAGGCACCUGGUGGAGAGUUAAUGGGUUAUAUCAUGGGUAAAGCAGAAGGCUCAGUAGCUAGGGAAGAAUGGCACGGGCACGUCACUGCUCUCUCUGUCGCCCCAGAAUUUCGACGCCUUGGUUUGGCUGCUAAACUUAUGGAGUUAUUAGAGGAGAUUUCAGAAAGAAAGGGUGGAUUUUUCGUCGAUCUCUUUGUAAGAGUGUCUAACCAAGUUGCAGUCAACAUGUAUAAGCAACUGGGCUACAGCGUGUACAGGACGGUCAUAGAGUACUACUCAGCCAGCAACGGGGAGCCUGAUGAGGAUGCCUAUGAUAUGAGGAAAGCACUUUCCAGAGACACUGAGAAGAAAUCCAUCAUACCAUUACCUCAUCCUGUGAGGCCUGAAGACAUUGAAUAACCAUGGGCAGUGGUUCUUAGGCUGGUGCUCCAGAUAUUUUAUGGACAAUAUUAUUUUCAUUGGAUGAUCUUGGAGCUCUAUUAGGAGAAAAGUAAUCAUUUAGGUCUUACAGACUUAAAGAAAAUACAGGUUAUAAACUUUAGUCUCAUUGUUUCCAAUUAGCAAUAUCAUACCUACUAAAGCUGUUCACUGUAAUAAAAUUCAAUCAAAAAGGCAGCUAGGUCAGACGGAAACAUUCCACUAUUUGGGGUCAUAAUAUUCACUAUAUGCUAGGGAAAAAAUGUGCUCCAGUCUCCUCCUAAAUUCCGUGCCUGAGAACCACUGCUGCAUAUAUAUUUUUUAUUUUGUAUCGAACUGUUAAUUGAAGCUUUAAAAGCAUAUAUGAAAUGUAUAAAUCUAAGAUGUAUAAUAAAAUGCACUGUAGACUCUA